CACGCGCGCAUUAAUAUAUAUAGAGGAGAGAAAAUUUUUACGAGAGGUUGCGAUUGUGAAUUUUGUUAAAAUUUGUUGUUUAAUUAAAUAAAUAUCAAUAAGAACAAAAUUAAAAUUCAAUUUUUUCUGUUAGUUUAAUAUUAAUCAGUACAAUAUGGCUGCAAGUGAGGAUAAAAUUCCGGAAGUCGUUGCUGAAUUAGAAAGGCUAACAGUUAAAGGAAAAAGAGUUUUACGAAAACGACUUCAUACUGAGAGUGACAAACGAAGAUGCCGAUUCAAGCCAUUGAAACGUAAAUUCAGCGAAAUGGAGAACGAAGAAGAUGCGCGCUCAUUUUAUUUAGAUAAAUCAGUGAAAGAAUCGCCACAUACAUUGGAAACAAUUUAUGAAGAAAAAGAACAAAAUUCAGUUGAUGGAACAAGUGAAAAACCACAAAUGAGCGUAAAACGUUUUAAACGUAUGAUUAAUUUUCAUAGAAAAUUAAAUGACAAUGGAAAACAAAAGAAACGACGUUUAAAAAUAAAAAGAGAAUUUGGAACAAAAUUAGCGAAACCACAUUAUCGUCGUAUGGAAUUGAAAGAUGUACUCAAACGAUUAGAAUUAAUUCAUUCAAAUUCGACAAUGGACGCUGAACAUAAUGAGUGAUUAACGAAUUUUUUCUUCUUUUUUUUUUUUUUUUUAAAAAAAAAUAAUAAUAUAGUAUUUUUAAUUUAAUUUUUCAAAAUGUGAUCUUUGUUUUUUUUUUUAUUUUAACUUUUUUUUUUGGUAUUAAUAUUUAAUUUUGAAAGAAUAUAAAUUUGAAGAAAAGAUUCAGUUUUGCGGGCAAAAGAGAAAGAAUGAACGAGAAAGAGAGAGAGAGA